CUCUAAACAUCUUACAAAGAGUUGAGGAAAGAACCGUGGCCAUGUUUGGACCCGUCAUAGACACGCCAAUUUUUCCCAGGCGGAACCAAAGCAGGCAGGCACGAUGAAUCCAUAUCCUAGACGCUCAGAUGUAAAUCUGGCUCAACAAGCCAAAUACACUCCACCAGCCUACUCGUACCCGACUAAUAUGGGAGAUUCACCUCGCGCCAAUCGUCAUCAUCGCAAACGUCGUUCUCCAAGACAUAAGUCAUGGUAUCAGGAGGGUGUACCGAUCAAUGUUCAUGUCGGCAACAGACGCUCGCCGGGUUAUCACACUUCAAUUCAAGUAACCAGCGCAGAUGGUGAUAGAUUCGCCGACCUCGUUCAUGAGACCUUGAGAAUGAAUCCGCAGGAUCCGUUGCUGAUCACGUUCAAUGGGUACCAACCCUGGCUUGAACAAGUCAUCUCGACCUGCAUUGAUGAUCGCUACGACGAACUUACCGACCUCAAUCGAGCGCUACAGUAUGAUGACACGGUCAAGUUUCCGGAGCGAAGCAACAAGCGAUCUACUCAAAUCCCUUGGUCAUUUCUGGUCGACCAGAUGAAUAUUCCUGAUGUGUACUGGUGGACAUUCGGCAAAGAUCCUCCCCAAGACCGACCACAAGCUGUCGAUGAGAUUGAUGAGUACCGCUUUCGCAUCGCUGCUUGGUGUUGUGGGCGUCGUGCCUGUCGUUUCGACGAGAGAGUCCCAGUCGUCUUGAUAUUUACCCAAGACAAGCUCCCUGCCGAAAACGUCAUGCGCGAUCUUUUCUUUCCAUACUUCUAUGAAGACGAAGAGUACGAUCGACCGCGUAGAGAUGAAGAGAGUGUUUGCUGGACAUUCCUGAGGCUGUACUGGCUUUUGACAGACUGGCAGAACAUCAUCCGAGAGAUUGAGAGGGAGUUGGAGGAAGCUGAGCUCAACAGUCGUGGCAGGAAGCUUCCAGUGAAGUUGCGGACACGCAUAAUGCACAAGCAGAUCGACCGGAUUUACGAACUCAGCGAGUACAUGAGAUUCCACUCGAGAUCUUUCAAAAAGCUACUCAAGCUCAGGGAUACCAUGCGCAAGGGUCCGGACGAUGACAAUGAUCCAGUGUGGGACGAGAUGGAUGACGCAGUCGAGGACCUGGACCAGUACUCUUACUACAUGGACACACUGAAGGAGCGCUUCCUCAAUUUGAUUGAAUUGGAGUUCAACAUCGAGAAUGCCAACCAGUCCGACUAUUCUCGCUUCUUGUCUUUGCUUGCGGCUUUGUAUCUUCCAAUCACAUACCUCACUAGCAUCUUCGGUAUCAGCACUCUAACUGCACCAGCCAUUCUGUGCCUGUAUAUCUCGAUCCCACUUCUAGUUGUCAGUCUGGUGUUCACAGUCUUCUUUCCAUGGGCAGUCCAACGCUUCCAGAGAGUAUGGUAUCCAGCCAACAGGAACAAGUUCAAAUUGCCGAAGAGUAGCUACACCAUGUUGGCGGAAGAGCUGCCUUCAUCAGCAGACGUGCCUCGGGUCAUCGCCAUCAGGGACCCAAGUUUACCUCGCCAACACGCAGCUCGCCAAAGCCACCACAGACGCAGCAACAGCAAGCCUCGUUCCAAGUCUAGAAAAAGAUCACUCAGCACACGGGGCAGACGACGUCUCGGUGUAGACGACAAGGUGUAAAGAAUUGUGGACCAUUUCUCCUUUUUCGUCUUUCGUUCCUUCUUCAGCUGCGGCGUGGAGAAUAGACUUGUCGACCUGUUCCAUCGCUUACAUUUGCCCUUCGGCGCGACGAAGCGGACACGAGGUCGCCCU